AGUCGGUCGCUUUUUCCUUUUCCCAUUUUUUGCAUCCUUUUACGUAUUGUAAAAAGAGAUUGCUUCCAAUGUGCGUACGGACAUAUUAUUUAUUAGCAAAGGCAGUGGCAGAAAACGUGAACGAUUUUGCGUUAUAUUUUUUUAUACCUGCUUGGUUAAAACAAGUUGAGGUGUGCGUUACCAUCAGUAAUCAGACGAUUUUUUUUUCUGCGGCGUAUUUUUCUUAACAUAUCCUGAAAAAAAGGUAACGGAUUUGAAUGGUGAACCAAUUGUUCUUUUACUUUACUGAAGACUGAAAGAGUAUUUAAACUGUACUUUGUAAUGGUCCGUCCGUGCGUGGUUCCCCUUUUACCAUUAGAGAGCUAGGCCUGCCCCCUUUAUAUUGCAACUAAAUUAAAACAGACCUAAAGUUAUAUUUAAAGUCUUUUCCUUAAACAAGUCCACCGUUUCUUUAAGAGUUUGAAUCAAGUUUCUUCAAGUUCUUUUGAUUCUGCUGUUUAACUGUAUAAAUUAGACCUCUUCCCUUGGGAUAAAUUGUCUUCGAAGGACAGAAAAAGGCCGACACCACUGAGAAUUUUGCUUAUUAUUUCGAGUUACAGAAGUUAUUCUUUUAUUUGGGAUAUCGGAUUCUAAAACGACUUUGAUUUGUUUGAAAUUCGCAUUAUAAAACCUAAUAGUUUGCUUUUCCCAAACGUUAUAUAAAACCAGGUCCGACAUAUACAAAUUGGUUUUGCUAUUCUGGGAGUAUUUUUGGCAACUUGUGACAGUGAAAUUACAGUGAGAUUCGAGAACCCGUUAUUUUACCGCAAUAUAUUUGUUAUCCUGUUCCAAUUUUACAAACCUUUAAGUAUCCAGGUUUUCAAAGUGACAACAUUUUGGCUUAAUUUACAGAUCUGGACUUAACAAACAAACUUCCUUCUUUGGACUAAACUAAUUUUCCCUGACACGUCGAGGAUUUCAAACUUAUCUCGAUUGGUAGUUAUUAUAUAAGUUAGUACAAAGAGUUAAUUUGGGUUCAGCCUGUCGUUUUAUUAGUCAUGAAUCCGCCCUGCGCCCGGUGCUAUAAAUCCGUUUAUCCGGUGGAAAAACUUAAUAUUCUGGACAAAUUCUGGCACAAGACCUGCUUCAAAUGUACUUCGUGUGGUACAUCCUUGAACUUGAAAACCUUCAAAGGGUUCAACAAGCAGCCCUACUGUACUGCACACUAUCCAAAGCCAGAACACUCGACGAUUGCAGACGACCCCGAAUCAGUACGACUGCGACAACAACAACAGAAUGUCAGCAACAUCGAGUACCACAAAGAAUUCCAAGAAAAGAUCAAAGGUCAGUACAGGCCAGUAACUGAUGAUCCAGAGACCAUGCGACUGAAGAAGAACACAGAAAACCAGAGCUCUGUGGCCUACCGAACCGACCCAUCCACAAUGAAUUACACUCCAGUUAGCGGUGAAGAUCCCGAAAUGCAACGACUCAAAAAGAACUCUGAGAUCCAAAGCAGCGUCAAGUACCGAGGCGUCGGAACCUCCGAGAACCCUCCUUACGACGAACGACAAAUACCGAGUCCUUUCCAUUCCAAACAUGGUAAAAAUAACACCUCAGCGAGUUCAAAUUCAACCAAUCAGCAUCAGUUUAAGCCAAACCCAGCAGGUGUGUCGGCUAACGAGAGAGCCUCGUUUGUGAACGCUUUGGACUCCCAACAAGCAAUGAUGAAACAACAGGUUUUGAUGCAAGAACAACAGCGGAGAAUGCAAAUUGAACAACAACAAAAACAGAUCGAAGAACAACAACGACUUCAAGCCGAAAGUCGACGAAAAGACGAACUGGAGUUGCAGAAACAACAAAACUUCGAGCGACAGCAAGCUGAAAUAAUGGAAAAACAGAGAGUCGAAAGGCUCGAACAGGAAAAGCGUCGCCGAGCUGAAGAAGAAGAAAGACAGCGACAAUAUGCCGAACAAGAACGAAGCCGACAGCUGCAGCAAGCCGAAAACCGACGACGAAAGGAGGAAGAGGAACGCCGACUUGCUGCCGAACGUGAAGAGCAAUUGCGAUUUGAAACCGAACAGAAACUGAGACUCAAUGACCCGCACGUGCCUGUCAACAAUCUCAACAGCGCAACUCAAGCUGUGAACGGAAAUAACCACCAGCCACAAGAGCCCGCGUACAGAGCCGAGUAUGAUUAUUUUCCAGAUGCGAGCGACCCCGAAGCUGCAGACGAGCUUAUGUUCGAAGAAGGAGAUAUUAUCGUCGGAUUGGUCAAAAUUGACGACGGAUGGAGCACGGGAACCAAUCAGCGAACGGGACAGAGCGGAAUGCUACCAUCCAAUUACAUUACCCAAAUUCAAUGACGUCAUGAUGUUUUCGACCAAUCACAUCUCACGAACUAAAACAAUGGCUUCAUCAGAUAUUUUUGAGCGUUUUCCGUCUUUGAAGGAUGAAAUAAGUUUUCUCGUUAGGUUUUGUGCUGUUAAAGCUUGAAGCAUAUCAAGACACUGUUUGAUCAAAUUUACCCAGAUGAUAACUUAUUACGCGCAUUAAUAUAUUGUAAUUUUCCAAUUCAAUAAAUCAGGUUCACCGCAUUUUUGCUUGAAUUAAAUUUUCAUUUGUA